CAUUUCGCCCCGCAUCAAGGGCAACGGUCGUUUUCGCGCCAUCAUUCGAAUUUCGCGCCAUCGUGUUUGUGUGUGAUAUCUGAGUUCCGGAAAAUGGAAAAAAUGGAAAAGAAAAUCAAGCCAGAGCAGCUGAAGAAGAGGAUCGCCGUGUAAAAUAUAAAGUCGCUGGAACGGUUCCAGCCAGAAUACUCUACCGAUGAUGCCAAGCAGAUUCCAGAGGCGUUAGAGGAUUUGGAGAAGCAUAAAGAAGGGUUCUUCGCCGCGGUUUCCAAACUGGAAGAGCUCGACGACAGUGACACAAUGAUCGAAGCUUGCAUCAUGGAAAGGAUCGACAUCGAGGAACGCUGCCGCAAGCUGAAAUCUUUUCUUCGAGAGCAUCAACCGAAGGAAGAAGGUUCCCUUAACGAGACGACAGGUUUGGCAUCAUCUACGCUUGCGUUUGGUCGACCUCACGCGCCAAACCUACGCCUGCCAAAAAUUGAGCUGCCAACGUUCGAUGGAGACCACACAAAAUGGCUUUCGUUCCGUGAUCGGUUCAUAGCCAUGAUCGACGCAUCUGCUGAGCUACCGUCUAUCGCCAAACUGCAAUACUUGCUUUCUUCGCUCAAGGGGGAUGCAGCCUUACCCUUCGAACACACACCUCUAACGGCAGACAAUUAUUCAGUGACGUGGGCAGCACUUUUAAAACGGUACGAUAAUUCUCGUCUGCUAAUACGUGAGUAUUAUCGUAAAUUGCACUAUCUUCCCGGAGUGCAAUCGGUGUGCGUGGACAAGCUAACCCACUUGGUGGAUGAGUUCACCCGUUUCGUCAACGGACUGGUGAAGCUCAAGGAACCGGUUGAUUCAUGGGACACACCACUAUCGAACAUGCUGCUUAUGAAACUGGAUCGUGAAACGCUAUUGGCUUGGGAAAAACACUCCGUACACUUCACCAAGGAUGCAUACAAAGAUGUAAUUGCGUUCGUGCAAGAUCGAAUCCAGAUCCUCAAAUCGACCAACAAUUUUGUGAGUGAGCAGAGCGCUAGUGGAACUAAGGUGGCCGGCAUUCAUCGUCACGCAGUGCAACGGAGGUUCGUCGCAAAUGCAGCUGCAUCGUGCCCUACUCCUGCUGUUUCAUCUGGUUCGAUUCAGCAGCCCAAGUGUCCAUUAGAGUGCGCAGAAGCUCACCCAUUACGCAGCUGUCCAGUUUUUAUCGGCAAGGAGGUUCAGCACCGCCGGGACGUCGUCUCAUCGAAGCGGUUGUGCUGGAACUGUCUAAGCAGCACACAUCAAGUCAGAGCGUGCAAAUCUGACUAUUCGUGUCGUACGUGUCGUGAACGCCAUCACACUCUCCUGCAUCACACGCCACCUAGAACGGUCACAAUGGCAGCACAUUCCGACGACGACAAAGUGUUUUUGGAAACAGCAAACGUCCAGGUCAAGGACGAUUACGGCAAUCUCUUCGAGGCAAGGGCCUUACUCGACUCCGGUUCCAUGUCGAAUUUCAUAUCCGAUGAAUUCGCUCGAAAAUUGUUGACCAGUCGCAACAAGGUUAACGUCGCUGUAUCGGGCAUUGGAAAUGCAGUACAGCAAGUGAAGGGUUCGAUCGUCGCAACGGUGCAGUCGAAAACUCAAUCCUUUGCUACGGAGAUGGCUUUUCUGGUGUUGGAAACGCCAUCAGCUCACAUUCCCACUUCACCUACGGACAUCUCAUCGUGGAAAAUGCCGGACGUGGCAUUAGCUGACACCAACUUUAAUUUGCCUGGGCAUAUCGACAUCGUCAUCGGAGGCGAUGCUUUCUGGGAGCUUCACACCGGUCGCAAGCGCUCUAUUGGCAGAGGCAAACCGUGGCUGGUGAAGACGCACUUCGGCUGGGUGGUAUCCGGCAACACACAGCACUCAUCAACUGGCCCGCGGGUGUGCCAUCUCGCAACACACGACAUCCCCUUGGAGGAAAUUAUGCAGCGCUUUUGGGAAAGCGAAACCAUAGCCGAGGAUCCUGUGCUAUCGGUCGAAGAGGAUGCCUGCGAAAAACACUACUCAUCGACAACCGUUCGCAAUUCAGCGGGAAGGUAUGUUGUUAGUUUCCCUUUUAAUCCUAAUCCAAAUGUCGUUUUAGGGGAAUCUAAAGCAACAGCCGAUCGUAGACUCCGUUGUAUGGAACGCCGUUUGGUGAAUAAUCCUACAAUGAGAGACGAAUAUGUAAAAUUCAUGCAGCAAUACGAACAUUUGGGUCACAUGAAGAGGCUUACUGGUCCGGUAGACGAUUCGACUCAACAUUAUUACCUUCCUCAUCAUGCCGUGGUAAAAGAGUCGAGCACAACAACGAAGGUUCGGGUUGUUUUUGACGCGUCGUGCAAGACGUCCAGUGGCUAUUCGUUGAAUGACAAGCUGUUGGUCGGUCCAGUCGUUCAGGACGAUCUUUUCUCCAUCAUUCUUCGGUUCCGUUUGCAUGCCAUCGCCCUGACUGCUGACGUGGAGAAAAUGUACCGUCAGAUUCUACAUCACCCUGACGAUAGAAACCUGCUACGUAUCCGAUACAGAGAGAGCCCUACAGACGAAAUAUCCACCUUCGAGCUACAAACAGUCACGUACGGUACAGCAUCUGCUCCAUUUUUGGCAACUAGAACUCUACGGCAGGUUGCUAUCGAUAACAGCGACACAUACCCACAAGCUAUAAACGCUGCGUUAAAUGAUUUUUAUGUGGAUGAUUUGUUAACGGGAUCAAACGACAUUAACGAAGCCAUCGAAAUGCGCACACAAAUUUCACAAAUGUUGGAAUCUGCAGGAUUCUCGCUAAAAAAAUGGGCAUCGAAUCGGUCAGAAGCACUAGUAAACAUUCCUGCCGAAGACAUAGCAAUCCAACCAACGCAUGAGUGGCAAGAAUCAAACCAUCCUUCUGAUUUAGAACCGUUGACGCCGGGACACUUUCUCAUCGGCUCUAAUAUGCAAGCGGUACCAGACGUCGAUCACACCGGAACACCAAACAAUCGGUUGAAGUACCAGUUGGUGCAGAAACACAUGCAAAACAUUUGGGCUAGAUGGUAUCCGGAGUAUCUGCAACAACUGCAAGCGCGAGCCAAACAUUGCAACGGGCAAUCGGUGUCACUGCAAGAAAACCAGCUUGUGAUCAUCAAGGAAGACAACAUGCAUCCUACCUCGUGGCCGAUGGGUCGCAUCGUUGCAGUUCACCCAGGCAAGGACGGAGUCGUUCGCGUGGUUACACUGCGCACAGCUGCCGGAAAACAAAUCGUACGCGCAGCUAAUCGUUUGGCAAUUCUACCAAACCCCGACGUACUCAGCAAUUUGGAGAAGAAAGGAGACACUGGCACUGAGUAA